CGUAGGGGAGUAAAUAAAUACAGUGCAAAAUACGUCUCUCAGCUCCAAAUCCUCUGAUCUUCUUUGACAGACGGAGUAUCUUUUUUCAAACCACCGUGAAAGGCACGGCGGAGCUCACAAAUUCGCCGUGAAAGCCUCCAAGAAACCCUAGUUUCACUUUCGAAAUGCGUCAAAUCUUGAAUUUAUUCACUGGAAAAGGGUCACCUUUCGUCGUGCCGUGAUGAUUUCUUUGAACGCGCAUCUGGAAUCCUAAAUUCUCCGUUGCCGGAAAGAUGAUAGUUCGAACGUACGGCCGGCGUGGGAGAGGCGUGCCUCGAAGCUACUCAGGAGCUCGCAAUGGGUUUGAAGAUGGCGUUUCAUCCCAAGAAAGCCCUCACGACGUUUACAAUUUUGAAUUCUCGUCCCAAGACUCGGGUCCUUGGGCAUCAUCGUUAAAUGGUUCAGAUCCUUACGGUAUUGGGUCAUCUCAGGAGUGCCAUGAUUCGGAAAUCUUUAUGUCUGAGGAGGGUGACUUGGAUGUUGAGGAUCGGAAUGGGCACUGGAGAUCCAAGAAGAAGAUGAGGGUCUUUGAUUGGGAUCCAUACAGCUCGAAUUCGUCGCAGGAGUCAGAUGAAUUAGUGAUUUUAUCCCCGAAAAGUGCCAGGGAGUGUGGGGAUUUUGGGAAAUCAAAGAAGGCAAAGCCCGGGAAGAAGGGCAAAGAAAAUGGGGUCUUGCAGAAGAAGAAGAUGAAUACAAAGGUUGAUCUGGAGGAGCCAGAGUCAAUUGCAGCCACAUUGAUGGAGACCCAAGAGCACGGGGAGAUGAUGGAAAAUGUUGAUGAAGUGAAUUUUGCCUUGGACGGUUUGAGAAAGGGGCAGCCAGUGAGAAUCAGGAGAGCAAGUCUGUUGUCUUUGCUUUCCAUAUGUGGAACUGUUCACCAGCGCAGGCUUUUGAGAGUUCACGGGGUGGCCCAAAGAAUUGUUGAUGCUGUUGUGGGGCUCCCUUCAGAUGAUUCAUCAAGCAACCUUGCAGCAGGAGCUCUGUUUUACAUUUUCAUUAGCGAUGGACGAGAUGACCAUCUUCUAGAUUCUCCAGGCUGCAUUUGCUUUCUUAUUAAGUUGCUGAAACCAGUUAAGUCUGUUGCUUCUGUAGAAAAAGCACAGACAAUUGGAAGCAAGCUUCUUGCUAUACGCUUGGACGCUGAUAUCUCCCAAGAUUUAAUGAAAGGAACUGAUUCUACUUCCAAUUCUAUUAAUAAAAAGGUUCAAGAAAUUCUUGUCAGUUGCAAGGAAAUGAAGCCUAUAUGUGACAAUGACAGAAGUCAGAUACUGGAACUGAAUCCAAAAUGGAUUAGUUUGUUGACAAUGGAGAAGGCUUGCCUAUCUACCAUUUCUAUCGAAGACACGUCUGGCACUGUGCGAAAAAGUGGAAGCACCUUCAAGGAAAAGUUGAGAGAGCUUGGAGGACUUGAUGCAGUUUUUGAAGUGGCAAGGAACUGUCAUUCAGUUUUAGAGGAAUGGAUGAUGAAGAUUUCAUCUUCAUUUUUUGAUGCAAAAGAUACUACUGUAUUAGAAAGUUUGGUGCUGCUUUUAAAAUGUCUAAAGACCAUGGAAAAUGCCACAUUCUUGAGUAUGGAUAAUCAGAACCACUUGCUGGAAAUGAAAGGAAAGAUGGACAGUCUGAAUUCCGCUAGGUCUUUCACAAAGCUUAUUUUAAGUGUCAUUGGGACUCUAUCAGGUGUUUACUUGCAUAGACGCUCUUCAGAAAACUUUCAGGGCAAUAAGAUCUCUAGACUCUCUGUGUCACCUUCAAUAGGAGACAGCAAGGAGAUUUUUUCUAUCAUCUCAUCUCUCAGCACAAGUGAAGGAGCAUCUUCCUCAAAGUGUUUUACUGAAUCUCAAACUGACCAAUUAGGCUCUUCUAAUUCUACUUUAGAAGGUACAACCACUGCCAUCACUGAUUCUUGGUGGUCGAAGACAAGAAUUGACUCUUCCACAUCUGGAUCAUGCAGUGGACGCUCUGGGCAUAAUAAUGCGGGGACAAAAAAUAACACCACAAAUGUAAAUAACUUCGAUAAAAUUAGGAAUGUAAGCAAUGAAAGCAAGGUGUUUGGACUUGUGGAUGAUACCCGAGAUCCUUUUGCUUUUGAUGAUGAAGAUUUUGGACCUUCUAAAUGGGACUUGCUGUCUGGAAAGCAAAAAGUGUCUCAGCCUAAAAGUGGCAGGGGUAAAGCUCAUAGACAUAAAGAUAUGACUCAGUCUUCCCCCAUGCCGAGCCAACAAGAGUCUAGUAAUAAUAACCACAAUAAAAGUAGCUCUUGUGAGGCUUCUCCUUCAUGUUCAUCUGCUGUUGGUGAAGAAAUGUCCAACCUUCUGGCAGACUGCCUGCUUACAGCUGUUAAGGUUUUAAUGAACUUAACCAAUGACAACUCCAUCGGUUGCCAACAAAUUGCUGCAUGUGGAGGUCUAGAAACACUGGCUUGUUUGAUCGCCGGCCAUUUUCCCUCUUUCAGCUCUAGCUUGGAGCAUGUUUUACCUUCUAAACCGGACACCAAGCCUGGCCAUCAAAUCGACAGUCUUCUCAGUGACCAAGAGCUAGAUUUUCUUGUUGCUAUUUUGGGCUUGCUUGUGAAUUUGGUAGAGAAAGAUGGACACAACAGAUCAAGGCUUGCAAGGGCAAGUGUUUCCUUGCCUGGGAUUGAAGGUUUAGAGGGUAGCUGUACAGAUGUAAUCCCGUUACUGUGCUCCAUCUUUUUGGCUAACCAAGGAACAGGUGAAGCUGCUGGAGAAGGGACUUUGACAUUGGAAGACGAGGACGCCCUAUUAAAGGGACAGAAAGAAGCUGAGAAAAUGAUUGUAGAAGCUUAUGCAGCUCUCCUCAUUGCUUUCCUUUCAACAGAAAGUCAAAGCACACGCAACGCAAUCACCAAGUGUCUUCCAGACAGGAGUUUGGGUAUCCUCGUCCCCGUGCUGGAGAGAUUUGUGGAUUUCCAUUUGUCACUGAACAUGAUAUCGCCGGAGACUCACUCUACAGUGCUUGAAGUAAUAGAGUCAUGUAGGGUUCCAUGAACAAGGAUUAAAGAUCAGAAUUCAGGAUUUUUCAUUUUUUUUCCAUCACAGUAUACUGGUGUCUGUAUAUUCUGUCUUCCCCAGUAAUUAUGCUCUCUCUUCUUCUUCUUGGUCAUCUAAUUUCUCCUGUAUACAGACAACAGAAUCUCUCUGUUCCUCAAACACUUGUAGAGCCAGACACAUAUAAUGAAAUGCAAUCAUAGACUUCUUUGCUGAGGAUGUCUCUUUGUUUUCUUGUUAAGUGUCUGGUGCUCAAAGUUGGUCCAUUAUUUAACUCGUUCAAGUGCUCCUAAACUGUACAGG